AUGGCUGCUUUACUUGUAGGAGUUUGCCUACUUUGUAUGCAAUUGCAUAUGAUCAUCUGCAGACCAGCUUUAAGUGAAAAAAACUACAUGUCCGCAUUCCCUUUUGUGAAUGAUGAAGAAAUUAGAAAGACUUCCUUUAAGAAUGUAUCUCAUCCAAAUGGUACCAGUCAGUAUUUGCCGCAUAUUUUAAUUAUCGGAGUACGCAAAGGUGGAACUAGAGCUUUGCUGGAAAUGCUUAGCCUUCAUUCUCACAUUUCUGCUGCUGAAAGUGAAAUUCAUUUCUUCGACUUGGAGGAUCAAUACAAGAGAGGUCUAGAAUGGUAUCUUGAUCAAAUGCCUUUCUCCUAUCCCCACCAGCUCACCGUGGAGAAAACACCAGCAUAUUUCACGUCUGAUGUAGUACCUGAGCGAGUUUAUAACAUGAACAGUACAAUAAGACUCUUGCUCAUUUUAAGAGAUCCCAUCGAAAGAGUUUUGUCUGAUUACACCCAAGUUUUUUAUAAUCACAAGCAAAAAAAUAAAUCUUAUCCAGCAGUGGAGGACCUGCUUCUGAAAAAUGAUGAACUAAAUACAGACUACAAAGCAAUAAACAGAAGUUUAUAUCACAUAUUCAUGGAAAACUGGCUAAAAUAUUUCCCUCUUAAAAACAUCUACAUAGUUGACGGAGAUCGCUUGAUCAAGGACCCCUUUCCCGAAAUGCAGAAAGUAGAACGGUUCUUAAAUCUUUCUCCUCAGAUUAACGUGUCCAAUUUUUAUUUCAAUAAAACGAAAGGUUUUUAUUGUUUAAGGGACAGUGGGAGGGAUCGAUGUUUACAUGAGUCCAAAGGCAGAGCUCAUCCCCAAAUCAAACCGUUCUUGUUGGGGAAAUUACGCGACUAUUUCCACGAACCAAAUAAGAAAUUCUUUGAACUGGUUGGACAAACCUUUGAUUGGCUCUAA